UAUGGCGUCUGCUGUAAUCAGCACCAAGGCUGUCAGUGAAAACAUUAGUCAAAAAGAAAUGUCUAUAGAAUCUCUUGUUCCUAUGGUUAAUCGAUGGCUGGAGGGAGUCAGCACCGCAAUGGAUCCUGACAUUUUGGAUGACGAGGGUAAUGAAGAAGAUCCGAGAGAAAAGGAUACAGACAGGGGGCAAAAUAAAGCAUUGUUCAUGUCUCAAAGGAGACACCUUUUAAUGAAAUCAAAAUGUAGUAAAAAAUACCUGGACGUCAAUCAAAAUGAAGACCAUAGUGAAAGGGAUCCGUCUGUAAGCAGUUCCUCCAAGAGAUGCUUUUCAACCGAUGACAUUCCUCGAGUCAUCCCUCCUGAUCCUGAGCUGUUGUCWUCGCGAGAUUUCUUCCCUGGUAAUUUCUCUCAUCUGAAAAGAGAAUCAAUCGACUCAACAUAUGUACAACGGCCAUUUUCACCCUCGCCGUCCCUCCCCUCGUCCGACCAAUUAUCUUUGUGCGAAGAAGAAAUUGUUCUUCUGAGCCCGCAGUUUGGUCAUGUCUUAACACAGCGGCGAGCCUCAGACGGCAUGCUCCUACCUCGUGUGAACUCCUCGAUGAACGAGUGUGAUGUAAGAUCACGUGCUAAUAGGCCUUCGAGUCGGUACUCAACUCGAUCGUCAACGCCAGUUUCGUCAUUUAGAUUAAAAGCCAGCGGUCUUACCCUUCCACCAAUUAAUGGACAGAACGAACAAGUAGAAAUACCAUCGAUAUGUCUGUCAGAGAAAAGUGCAACCUCUAGUUUCCACAGUUCAAUGGAAUCCAUCCACGAACAGCCAGUUUUUUACCCAACACCACCGUCUACACCACGGGGGGAGAAUUCAAGUGCUAAAGCUCCUCUCUUGGCGAGGCGUCGGGCAUCUUUACCUAAUGUAUUGGCAACAGCCCAGUUUUCUGCUUUACCAAGUGUCAAAGAAGAACAUGUGAGCGAUGACAAUGCGAGAACGUUGCCUCCACCUGACACAACAGUGAUACAAAAGCGACGUAUGCAACGCUCUAAAAGCUUACCAAAUGCCUCUUUGGGUAGUCAUAGCGACUGGCAAAAGUUCAAGGCACGACAAGCUGAACUUGGUAAAGAUGUUAGUGAAAAACUUUUGAACUUAGUUCCGAGCUAUUUUAACGAUAUUUGAACUUGUUGUGCACAUGCCCUCUUCGUGGCGAGAUGCUGAGUGAUAGUUACUGCACAAAACAUAUACUGGUCAUCGCGGCCGAUUAGGGUGAUGGGAAAUCAGAGGAAUUGUGGGUAUUUUGAUGGAAAUGAAGUGAAAUUAAAAGUGUAACAACAUAUGUAACAGCAAAAUAGCAAAGCGCGCGAAACAAAGAAAAUACCGAAACUAAAAGUUCAUUAAUAAGAAGAACAAAAACAAAAGGACAAAGCGAAAAUAUAUCCAGAGUGAGUCAAGAUUUGGGCUGGAAAAUUAGUUGUACAUAGUUUGUG